GAUUUCAUUUUCAGUCGAGCGCAAACUGUCGAAUAAAACGGCUGUGGUAACUCGACCGUCUUUGGUUGUGUUAUGAAAGUUUUUACUGUCCUUACAAAAAAACUCGUUUUUUAUUUUCUUUUUGGUGCUAUGAUUGUUGUUACGAAAUCAAAACUGUCCUACAUAUACUAAAAAAAAGAACUCUAAACUCUCAAAGUUAUUUAUACUCUGUUGUAAGAACUUUAGCAGUUAAAAACCGUGUGAAGUUUAAGUGCGGAAAAUAUAAUGUGGGAGAAUGUCUUCCAAUGCUAUAGUUUCUCUGUCAUCCUUUAAUUUAUUAUUUUUCACCCAAGUUUUAACCGUUUUAACAACUUCAAUCAAAUACAACGAAUACGUAACAGACAAAGGAAAAAAUAUUUCAAUACCUUGUGAUGCAAAUGGAUCUAUCAUGUGGAUCAAAGAGAACGGAAACAGUACUCGAGUUAUACAGACAGGUAAAAUUCUAGUUCUCACAAAUGUUUCGGAAGGCGAUCGAGGUCUUUACAUAUGCCUAACAUCUGUUCUAAAGGAUGCUGAUAACAUCGAAGAAAAUGAUAAUUCGAAAAAUGACGAAGAGCCUUCAAUAAAUGUUAUCAACAACAAUAAUACUUUUAUCACACCACCAUCAUCGAAUACCUCUACUUCUACUACAAUACUAUUACUUACACCUACAACGACUCCAAAUUUUGAAUCUACAGAAACCACACAAAAUCUAGCACACAUCGAAGAAGAAUUUCAAGCUUAUCUAAAGGCAAAUUUAAGCGUUCGCACAACUCCUGGUCCAGUUUCACAACUUUAUUUCAAAGCUUCAACAAUUCUGGGAUUUCUCAUAUGGAGAUUUAAUAAAACUAACUCCGGUGGUUAUCCGAUACGAAGUUUUACAUCUGAAUUUCGAAACAUUUCCUACAAGGGCAAUGAAAAUCCAAAACACGAACAUGAAUGGAGUCGAAUGGACCCCAUCAAUAUAGCCCCAAACGUCCGACAAAUGGAAGUUUAUCGGCUAGAACCAAAUACAACAUAUGAAUUUCGAAUAUGGGCAAACAAUCAUUUGGGAGCCGGCGAAAUAGUAACCACUAAUGUAACGACUCUUUCCGAAACAAAGGAGGAGGAUUUGAUACGCCUUAUACAAGCUGACUUAGAUAAUUUCGAUCCACGUAUAUGGAUAGUUGCAGUCAGUAUAGUACUUGGAACCCUUGUGAUAUUAGCAAUCGGAUUGUGUAUAGUUUUGUCAAAAGAAUACUACCAGUCAUCACAAAUGGCGGACUACGAGGAUGGUUGGGAUAGUAUAGAAUUGAUACCAAAUAUAAUACUAAAUCCAGGAUUCUGUGAGUCAGAUGAUCAAGAUGCACCUUAUACCCGAACAAUUAUAUUUGGUGAAGAUGACGAGAGUGACGGUUAUGAUGACGAAUCCGACGACGAACCCAGAAUGGAACGUUUUAAACGAAAAGUUUCAAUUUUUUUCACCGGACCCACCAUCAAACGUAUAUGAGAGUACAAACAAAUUGUAAACUAUUACAGUCUUUUUUGUUCAUACAACAACAAAAAUUACUAUUUAAUUUAUUUAUUAUUAGCAAAAUUAUUAUGAAAGGAAAGUGUAGUAGUUGUUGAUAGAAAAACAACCAAAAAAUAUGUACAUGAUGAUGAGAUGGAUGCAAUUGUUUUAUUCUGUGAUUAUAAAUUGUUAUUUAUUAUUAUAUUGUAUAUUGCAAAUCUAUUGAUAAGUUAUGCAAGUAAAUAGUGUAAAAUAAUUAUAAUAAAAUAUAA